UCCAACCGGCGGAAGAUGGCCGCCCGGAGGCUGGUGUUUCGGUGAAUCGAGUAACGGCUUCGGAUCGGAAUAUUUAUAAACUUCCAAAAACAAAAUACAGGGAGAGAGAGGAGAAGCGGGGAGCUCAAAAACUCCGCAAAUAGCUGGCGAUGGCGCGGGAACCGAAUUCAAGAUCCUUUGGAGAAACAUGACUUUCUGCCUGCAUUCAUGAUUUCUCUUCUGAUACCCAGGGCCCAAUUUCUUUCAUAAUGUAUCACGCUUUGGAGUAUGCAUUGGACCGUGCAGACUAUAUAAUUGGAUGUGCCAGGCAGCGACCUCCAAAAAGAAGGCAUUCAUCGAGUGGAAGGAAAUCUGUACAUCAGAAACUCUAUGAUUUGUACAUGGAAGAAUGUGAAAAAGAACCAGAGCUGAAGAAAUUAAGGCGAAAUGUCAACCUGCUGGAAAAACUGGUAAUGCAGGAAAGAGUAUCAUGUCUUGUGGUAAACUUAUAUCCAGGAAAUGAAGGUUAUUCACUGAUGCUCCGAGGAAAAAAUGGUUCAGAUUCAGAAACAAUCCGAUUGCCUUAUGAGGAGGGAGAACUACUGGAAUACUUGGAUGCAGAAGAGCUACCACCAAUUCUUGUAGAUCUUUUGGAAAAAUCUCAGGUGAAUAUUUUUCACUGUGGAUGCGUCAUAGCCGAAGUACGAGAUUAUCGGCAAUCUGGUCAUGUGAAAGCACUUACAUACCAAAGUAGGCACAUUCUACUUCGGCCCACAAUGCAGAGUUUAAUUUGUGAUGUUCAUGCAAUAACGAGUGACAACCACAAAUGGACACAGGAUGACAAGCUUGUCCUUGAAAGUCAGCUGGUACUCCAUACGGCAGAGCCACUAUGUCUAGACCCUUCCUUCACUGUAACAUGCACAACCAAUAAACUUCUUUAUAACAAACAAAAGAUGAACACUAGACCAAUGAAAAGGAAUAUGAAGCGGUAUUCACGACCAGCAUUGAACAAACAGCAGGAGAUAGCCCAGUGCACACCAUCACCUCAUCUUAAGUUGUUUGAUUAUUUACAAAAGAGAAAGGAAAGAAAGCCAGUGUUACCUGUUGACCUUAAAAUUUCAAGAGCUGGAAACUGUGUUGAUAUGUGGAAGCAGAAUCCUUGCCAGCUCACAGUGCCAUCUGAAAUUGAUGUGGAAAAGUACGCAAAAGUGGAAAAAUUUAUCAGAUCAGAUGACUUGCAAACAGUAAUCUGGCCACCCCAUGAAACAAAUGAUGAGUACAUUUUUGAGUGGGAAGGGACAGAUCAAGUUCAUGCAUCCAAAUUAACAAUCUACCAGUCACCAGAUGACCCCCUGUUUUAUGGUAAGAUACAAAUGAUGAAGGAGCCCAAACCAGAGGAAGAGAACAGACAUUUGGUUACUCACAUCCCGUUCCCUAUAGGUACAAAAGCAGAAGCCGACAGGUUUGUAAAGCAGUAUUUUGAGGUUUUGCAGCAGGAUACCAAGUGUCCAGUGAAGAUUUCCCAUAAUUCAGCUGGCUCAGUGAGUCAGAGUCACUUGUCUCCUGGGAAAGAAAUUGAGCAAUCUGAAGAAAUUUCCGGAUCCGUCCAGUCUUCUGUACUGGGGAAGGGCGUAAAGCACAGACCUCCACCCAUUAAGCUCCCUAGUGGUUCCAGUGCCAGUUCUUCAGGAAAUGUCUUUGGUCCAUUGCAACCAAGUGGCCAUCUGAAGUCCACAACUCCCCCUCCUCCCACUACCAAAAGUUCUAAUCUGUCUAGAAAGCAUUCAGUGGAUCAAGUGAACAUGCUCUCACCACCUGCCAUGUCUCCUGUGGGCUCAUCGCAAAGAUCUGGGACACCCAAGCCAUCUACCCCUACACCAACCAACACCCCUUCAUCAACUCCACACCCUUCUGAUGUUCAAACCCCAACAUCUACAGCCACUCCCACAGCUACCCCUUCUAUACAAGAAUCAGGCCUCAACCCGCAGACCCUUUUAACCCCUUUUGCCCAACAGCAGUUGGCUCUCAGUCAAGCUCUGCCAGUAAUGACCAUUCCUCUUUCCACCAUGGUAACUUCCAUUACAACAGGGAGUUCAUCCACUCAGGUGAUGACAAACUCAGCGGGUCUCAACUUCAUCAAUGUAGUGGGCUCUGUUUGUGGAGCACAGACAUUGAGUGGUUCAAACCCCAUGCUGGGGAGCAAUUCUGGUGCCAUAACCCCUACUGGUAUAAAUCUAAGCAGCAUUAUACCACCAGCAGGACUGGUGCCAAGCUCUCUUCCAGCUGCUAUGCAAUCUGCAGCCCAAGCAGGUGGUUCAUUUGUUGGCUUAAAAAAUGCUCCUGGUUUCAGACCUCUGAAUUUGCUUCAGCUGUCAAGUGGCCCACCAGUGAUCUACAAUCCACUACAGCAGCAACAGCUCCCCCAGUUUUCUCAGCUACAAUCAUCCCAGCAGUCUGCAACUUCCAGCCCUCAACAGCAGGGAGAACAGAAUUCUGACCAGGCUCCAACUAGCCAGGAACAGGCUUUGACAGCUCAGCAGACUGCAGUCAUCAACCUGGCAGCAGGUUUUGUGCCUCCUCAGGCUGCAGCAGUUGCGAUACUUGCAGCAUCAAAUGGCUAUAGCAGUUCAAAUUCGUCAACAGCAGCAGCAGCAGCAGCAUUCAAGCAGCCAGUCAAAAAAUAAAAGGAAAAGAGGGACUCCAACUCCACCAAAAUCAUGAACCAUCUCAUGGUUUUACCUUUAAGGCUGCUUCUGGAACUUAACUUUUGUGGUGGUGAAUGUUUUUUAAAAUAUUUUUAAAAUGAAACCCAUCCAUAGUGUAUAUAGUAUAAUCUUUUGUUCCAGUAAGAAUAAUUUUCUGAACACGAGUUUAAAAACAUGUAUAUAUUUAUUGAUUUGAAAGAAAAAAAUAAUUGGUUUAUUGUACAGCCAAACUUUCACUUGCAGGUUCAACUAUUCUCUCUCUUUUGUGUUUAUAAUGGGUGUUACACUCUUAAUCACCUCAGUGAGCAGCUUAUGAACUUCUCUGUGUCUUGUUUGUGCACGAACAAUGCAGUCCUGAAGUUUUUCACUAGAGAGAACACUUCCUCCUCCAUAUGGAAAAGAAAAAGAAUUUGCAACAAAGUCAGGUUCAUAUGUUUUUGAUGUAGAAAACAUCCAAAGAAUGGCAUUUGUUGGAUAUUUUAAAGUCAAUUCUGUUAAUGGCAAAAACUGGAAUUGGAUACUUCAGUAUUAAUAGUUUGACUGCAAAUCUUUUGAAGUGGUUUGAACACCUUCUUUGAAGGCUUUCUAAAACAGUGUUGAAAACCUAAAAAAAAUCAUGUAUAGAUUUAAAUAUUGAUCAACAAUUAUGCAAUACAACUGGACUAUUAUUGGAGACAUUUUUUAAGUCAAAAUUUCCGAUGCUUAAAGUAAUUGCACUUGGGUGAAUAAAAAUUCUAAAAACUUGAUUCAAAAAACAUAAUUCUAUUAGUCAAAGCCUAGGUUUUCUGAUUGCAAAUAAUUUUGCUCUCCAUUUUUACCAUAAGUUUUAAUAGGUUUUAAACAGCAUGUAGUUUUCAAACCAUGCAAAAUUAUAAGAAUCAGGUGGGGCUUUGGGGCACACAGCAAGAAAGACAAUGAAAAAAGAUUAAUCUGUGAGCCCACCAAUGAAGAGGAACAGCAGGUAAGUGAAAAUGUAGUGGAUCAUGAUCCUGAUGUUUCUGCUCUGGAUCGAUUGAUGAGGGAAGGUAGGGGAAAAAAAGCUAAUGGAUUGUGCUUUUAUGAAAUUGGAGAAAAUUUUUUUAGUUAGGAAAUAAUGUCUUUUGAUGUCAGAUUCCUGGAAGAUAGUGUUGAAAUCAUUUUACAAAAGGAUAAAAACAGCAUGAGCUAGAGCAGAUACAAAAUCAAGAUUGAGAGGUGCAGAACACAGGUGGAACAUAGAUUUUGGUAAUUGACUGGAAAUGAUAAAUGUUCCAUUAAGGAUCAGCUGAUACACUGAGAUUGUAAGUCAUUACUUUCAGUAUGAGCAUGUUAUUUUAAAUUGCCCAGGUCAUGGAAAAAUUACUUUAUGCUUAUUUUCAUUCCUUUAAGAAAGAAAAGGAUGUUUGUCAAUACUUGAUCAUUAUUUUAAAACAGAUGAGGAAACACUUAUUUAACUGCUCAGCUAAUACCUUCAUCAGCUGCUAUUCCAGUUGUAUUUCUGUGGUAAUUGAAGUCUUAUUUUUAAGAUUCUACCCAGAAUCAUGUCCUUUCCCUAAUGCAGUGCUAUAAUUUCAUGCUCUUCGAUAUACAUCUCUAUGACCAGUAAAGGCAGAUUAACCAACCAA